AUGUAUUUUACAAAUCCUUUCACAAUAGGAAAGAAAGGAGUCAAAGCACGUUCUUGUUUUUCAUAUCUUGAUUUUCUACGUAGGCCAAUGCCGCACAACUGUUCAAAAUGUAAUCAGUGUAAAAUAGACAAACUCCCUUGCCAACCUUGUAUUCAAGAGCGAUAUCAAAAAGAAUAUGAAAAUUGGUCAUGCGGAAACGAAAAAAUUGACAAAUUAGUUAAAUACGUUAGGCCUUCCCUUAUUAACACUAUCCUUUUUCUUGAAUGGAUUCCCUAUGAAGAUCUUGAAAUAGACAAAAAAGAUUUUGCUGAAGGUGGUUUUGGAACAAUAUCUCUGGCAACUUGGAUAAAUGGUUAUGUUGUACGAUGGAAUCAUAAUAAAAAACAAUGGCAUAGACAAGGAAAAAUGCAAGUUGUUAUAAAAACUAUGAAGGACAAUAUUAGUGAUAAUUUUAUCACUGAGCUUGAAGCAUAUUUUAAAUGUGCUAGUCGUCAUCUUAUUAGCUAUCUCGGUAUCACUCAAAAUCCGGAUACAAAAGAUUAUGCAAUAGUAAUGGAAUUCGCUGAAAAUGGUGAUUUACGAACAUAUCUUCAAAAUAACAAAGCUAAAUUAUAUUGGCGUCGGAAACUUGAUAUUCUUCGAAACAUAGUCGCGGGCUUAGAAAUAAUUCAUGUGACUGGUAUGACACAUCGUGAUCUCCAUACUGGAAAUAUUUUGCAGUUCAAAGAUCUUCUGUAUCCCUCACGAAUUACCGACUUGGGGUUAUCUAAACAAGCCAGUGAAGAAAAAACGGAAAAAAUUAUUGGUGUCACACCUUACAUUGCUCCUGAAGUAUUAAAUAAAAAUCCAUACUCUGAAGCAUCUGAUAUUUAUAGCUUUGCAAUGAUCUUAUGGGAAGUGGGAACUGGUGAAAAACCUUAUGCAGAUCUCGCCGAUGAUGAAGCACUUGCCGAUCAGAUCAAGAGAGGUCGAAGACCUAACAUUCCCAAAGAAAUGCCUGAAUGUUAUGCAACUUUGAUAAGAAAUUGUUGGAAUAGUGAUCCACAAAAACGGCCAACUGCGCUAGAUAUUAAAGAAAAAAUAAUGGAAUGGCAAUCCGUUCUUGGUUGGUUUCCUACUGAGGUGAGCCGCAAUGAUGAGGAAGCGAAACAAUUUGAGGAAGCUGAUGAUGAAAAAAGCAAAGAGGACAGAAGAUAUCGUGCAAAAAUAUAUAAUCCACCUCCUAAACCGCAAGAACCAUCUGCAGAAGUUGAUGAUGAUCAAGAUCGUGAACUUCCAGAUAUUGAUGAUGAACUUUUAGAUGAUAAUAACGAUAGUCCCGACGACAUUAGCAAAGAAUCUCAAGAUGAUAGUAAAGAACUUCCGGAUGGCAUUAGCAAAGAACUUCCAGAUAACAUUAGCAAAGAACUUCUGGAUGAUAGCAAAGAACUUUUGAAUGAUAACAAAGAAUCUCCGGAUGACAUUAGCAAAGAACUUCCAAAUGACAUUAGCAAAGAACUUCUGGAUGAUAGCAAAGAACUUUUGAAUGAUAACAAAGAAUCUCCGGAUGUCAUUAGCAAAGAACUUCCGGAUGAUAGUAAGGAACUUUCGGAUGAUGACGAUGGUUAUGAAAUUCCAGACGGUAACAUUUUUUUUCUUAUUUAUUCAAGUUCUAUCUUUAAUACUCACGCCAAUUUUAACUUUGCAACAGAUGAUGAUGACCAUGAAAUUCUGGAUGCAGAUGAUGAUGAUAACCGCGAAUUUCCAGAUGGUAAAGAACUUUAA